ACCAGCAAGGUGUCGAAGAUCUACCCGCUGCCGCACAUGUACGUGGUCAAAGACCUGGUGCCGGACAUGAGCAACUUCUACGCUCAGUACAAGUCCAUCGAGCCGUACCUGAAGAAGAAGGACGAGUCCAGACAGGGACAGCAGCAGUACCUGCAGAGCGUGGAGGACCGGCAGAAACUGGACGGUCUGUACGAGUGUAUCCUCUGUGCCUGCUGCAGCACCAGCUGUCCGAGCUACUGGUGGAACGGAGACAAGUAUCUGGGUCCAGCCGUCCUCAUGCAGGCGUACCGCUGGAUGAUCGACUCUCGUGAUGAUUACACUGAGGAGAGGCUCUCCCAGCUCCAGGACCCCUUCUCUCUGUACAGCUGCCACACCAUCAUGAACUGCACCAGAACCUGCCCGAAGGGUUUGAAUCCAGGCAAAGCCAUCGCCGAGAUCAAGAAGAUGAUGGCCACCUACAAAGAGAAGAAGACGGCGUCAGCGUGAAUCACAUCAAUCCUGCAAUAUUAUGAUGUUUCUGCCCAUCACUCCAUACAGACGCGUGUUCGUUGUUUCAGAGAGCUCUGAAGAGUUCGCGGUCUUUGACCUCUGCUGUGUAUUGAAUGAAUGCAUGCUUGUAGAACACCAUGUGCUGUCUUCACCUAUUUAAUUUCUACAGAAACCAUCGCGUGUUUGAUGGACGUUCUCCUCAAGUCUCACUAAGAGUCUUCCUCGUGCUAAAAUAAUAAUAAAGUGAUUAUAACAUCGA